UAUAAACUAAAUUUAGACUGGUCGUAUUUUAGCCUUAAUAUCGGUCAUGGUUUUGUUCGAAUGCCAGCGUAUAUAUAUGUGGCGCAUUAUGUUUCUGAUGCUUUACAACCUCACAUUGGUGCAUUUACUUUCCAGAACCAUGAGGUUACUUCAGAUCUCUCCAAUCCACUGGAAAGGAUUGUUAGUCCUUUUUGCUAUUGGUUUCAUUACUCAGUUCUUGGGCAGGCAUCUACAGAAAAGUUCCCCUCAGACCUUCACUGUACAGCGCCUACUCUUCUCACCCUCAACAUCAAAUUGUCAGCCAAAGUCUCACAUAGUGUUCCUGAAGACCCAUAAGACCGCCGGUAGCACCGUACUGAAUAUGUUAAACCGAUAUGGGGACAGGAACUCACUAACAUUUGCUCUACCCCAGAAGUAUCAGUUCAGUUACCCCAACCUGUUCAACUCUAACAUGGUGAAAGGAUACGAUGAAGUCAACAAGUCAACGUAUGAUAUCUUGUGCCACCACUUGCGCUUCAACCUCCCGGAGGUCAGGAAGCUCAUGCCUGCAGAUUCCUUCUACUUCACAAUUCUACGGGAUCCAGCCACCUUGGCAGAGUCUUCUUUCUCUUAUUAUCACUCAGUGUCAUCUGUCUUUAAGAAAGCCCCCAACUUAACAGAGUUUAUAGCUCACCCUUUAUACUACUACAAACCAGGGGAGAAAGGAAACCAACAUGCACGCAACUUUCAGUGGUUUGACCUAGGACUGGACCCUGACACUCCAUUCAAUGAAUCUCUGGCCAGAGCAGACGUCAAGGAGAUAAAGAGGGUUUUCAACCUAGUUCUACUCUCAGAGUAUUUUGAUGAAUCCAUGGUCCUUCUGAAGGAAGAACUCUGCUGGGAUCUUGAUGACGUUGUGAACUUUAAGCAGAAUAGCCGUGAGUCUUCCACACCACUGGAUAAAAGAGAGAAAGAUAUGUUACGAGCUUGGAAUGCCCUAGACUGGUAUCUUUAUGUCUACUUCAACCGUACCUUCUGGGAGAAAGUAGAGAAAUUUGGGAGAGAGAAGAUGGACAUUGAAGUUAGUAGGUUGAGAGAAAGAAGACAACAGCUAGCUGAGAUAUGUUUGGAGGGGUUGGAUCCUGUAAGAGGGAAUGAAAUCAAUGAAAAGGGUAUUAAGCCAUUUCAGUUUGGGCAGGAGAAGAUCAUGGGGUGGGUGGUGAAAAUGGACCUUGAGCCCAACACUCGGGCAUGGUGUGUUCAAAUGGUAAUUCCUGAACUGCGAUACAAGGACAUCUUGGAGGCAAAGCAGUUUCCUGGAAGUGUAAGAAAUGGGUCUAAGCCAGCGGGGACUACAGUGAAACUUUUAGGGUCCUAGAUGUUUCAUUUUAGGUGAAAAAUUGCAAUCAAGCUAGGUUUUCAGAAUACUGGUGUGAUUAUUGUUGGGUUCAUUGAACAUGAGACCCAUAAGACUUAUACAAGGACAAUAUUUCAAGGUGACUGUCCUUCAUGCUGCACUCCUUUCACAUGAAUAUGAUUCAACUUUA